AUGUUCAACGCGAAACUGAGUGGAGGGUUCCAGGGGCGGGAACGCUCCGAGAGUGCCUCGAGAGUGAACACACCAACUCCUGGGAACGUUGGAAGCGACUCUUCGUUAUUUCGCCGGUCGCUGGUACCAAACUCAGCCAACAGCACGAUUAACCUACCAGGAUAUGAAUCUAGUAACGACACGGAACUCGAAGAAGGGGGAGAAGGCCCAGCCACAGUAUUUACGUCUUUCAACAGUUACCAGACUGCCGACACAUCUCCAGCUAUUAGCGAGCAAAAAUUGGGUCACCUGAACUCCCCUGAUGAGUCUUCGUCCGAACUCAGAAUUCGCCGUCCCACAUCUGCCGACAGACUCACUAUGCGGCCGUUUAGCCCUCCUUCUCCCCCUCCGCUACUCCGUACUCGUUCUGAUGGCCCUUCAAUUGCGGUUCUUCCUAGCUCUAACACACCCAGGAACUCAGUUCCUCUUCCCAAUUCUGCACCUGCGGAUAUCCACGUACCAUCGCCCUCGUGGGUCAAUACAUUGGCGGAUGCCAACAACAUUCUAAACGCAUUCUGCAGUCAGCAGAUUUACUCAAACCUUUAUAAUCCUAAUUAUACUAGUAGCGAUAAUGAGAGUGGGGAUGAUCAACGACGCGAGCUUACUCUCCCAAUUGAUGUUGCGUCUUAUCCCCUUCGUAUAGAAUUAUCUGGCAAUCAAGAUAAAGGGAAAGUAAAAAAACUGGAAUAUGGAGCAGCUCAUCCUGGCACGAUUCCAACAUCUGAACACCUUGAAUCGCCCGGAUUCAUACCGCUCGGCUUCAAGGGGCUCAAGCCUGGCCUAGGGGGCGAUGGAGACGAAGAUCGGCAUUGUGGGACGGUAUCUGAAGGAAUCUCAGACACCGAUGAUAACAACAUACCUACACUGAUACCCUCAACAUCUACUCUUCCCCCUGCACCCCCACCAACCGUUUCCCGUUCCCGUUCAUCGAGUCGGUCAUUCCCUUCGACUCUACUUAAUCAUGACGUACCGCCAGUCCCACCUCUUCCACCCUUUGCGUUGCUCGGCUCUCGGGCUCGCGCGGCAUCAUCUCCGAGGACAGCAGCGGUUCCAUUCGGUUCUUCGAUGGUCGUAGAUCAGCGUUCCCUUUUAACUCCUACACCUACGAACUCCUACACACCUCUUCCGGCUACUCCGUCUUCAGCAAGCAUGAGUAUGAGUACGAGUAUAAGUAGCAGCAAUGCGAGCCCCUCUUCAGGUGUUCCAGACCACACCGUUACUUUUCAAUCUCGCUCACGCAAUGUGUCGCCACAACCGGGUCAUUCAUCAGCACCUGAAAAGUUACGUCAACGCUCAAUAUCUGAGUCUGGUGGUGGCAGUAGCUCUGGAGCUGGAAGUAAUUCACGAGGGCGUUUUGCCAGCGGUCUAGCACAAGCUCUUCGCAAGACCCCGCCCAGUAUUUCAUCUGGGCGAGGAAUUGAGCAUAUAAAGCCUGCAAAACGUCGCCCCCGGCCCAAAUACACAUUUGCAUUUGUUGGCUCUGGUGGGUGCGGGAAGACGGUGCUCAUCGAGAAAGGGUCCAAGGCGGCAAAUUCUAGGUAUAAACCACAGGUUACGCUUAAAACCGUCCGUUAUGGAGACACCGACAUGACUUUUGAGAUGCGUGAAGCCUAUGUUCUUGUCGACAAGGCCCACGUAGGCUACCCUAUCCAUGCGAUUGAAUUCAAUUCGGCGCCAUUCAUUAAGGCGCUAGAAACUGGGACUCAAUUCUGGCCGUCUGGGAUGCCUGAAGUUGAUGGUGUGGUCCUAUGCUACGAUGCAUCCGCUGAAGGCAAUGGACAAGGGAGUUUUGACUACAUAGUCCGAUUGACUGCCGCGUUUGCAGCCCUGCACUACCCAAUCAUCUGGGUAGCGUGCAAAAGCGAUUGGAUCCGCCCAACUAAGAAAGAUGGCCAGCCCGCAUCUCCUCGCAUCUUACCAGCGGGAAUUGUGCCGCCACAACAAGUAUUUAUCCUAGCUGGUGCUGAGCACACUGGUCUGAUUGAAGUCACAAAAACUUCCCAACAUGGCAAGGAGCAAAUGCGCAACAUGAUGACAUGGAUGUACAAGGCGGUUGGACGAGCACGUCGUAGCCGAGAAGAUGGAGAGAAGAACCAAGAAUACCAUAAUCAUGCAUCUCCUGAUGUAUUCAAUCGAAAACCCAACUCAUCCAGGCCUCCGCCAAUUACCAUUCCAACCCAGUCAGCGCUUGGGUCUGUCCCUGCUGUGCUCCCUCACCCACCUAGCCCAGUAUCUUCUCCCCCAAAAUCUCCAGUCUCUCCUUCAUUGCUGAUUCCUCAGAGGACAACUCGUGCACGCUCUAUGAGUGACCUCCUAAGCCAGGCUGCUCGUGAUCAAGUCACUGAAGCUUCGGCGGCAAUUCUUCGUAAGGCUAGUGCAACUGUGAAUCCCAUGAUUCUGCCGCGGCCGACAUAUGAAUCUGUCAUGUCACCAAUAGAUAUACCAAAGGAGCCAGAUACGAAUUCUCGCGCUCCGAGUGGUGACGCCCCUAAGCUGAGUGGAGGCACGAGCGUUGUUGUAUUACAAUCCAAGUAUGCGCCGGAUCCGUUUGCAUUCGCAACUCUGGAUCAACUGAUAGCCCGCCUAUUAUGGGGGAAUGAAACCGAUCCUAACAACCUGGCCUUUCGUGCCGCUUUUGCACUCAGUUAUCGCCGGUUUGCCGCGCCUCGUACUAUCCUCUUGAGUAUAAUUCGAUUUAUUCGAGGGAGCGAUAGUGACGGUCGGGCGCGUGCGGUUGAUAUCCUUGCCGACUACUUGCAUCAUUGGGUGCAUAAAUAUCCAACAGAUUUUGCUGCUCCUGGGGCGAUUCCACCUCUGGAGACUUUAAUUCGUGUACUGAAAGAGAAUGGCUUUCAUGAGUGUGCGAAAGAUUUGGAUCAGCUUCUCCCCAUGUUGAAUACCCUCAAAGAUGAUGCUACUGACUGGGCAAAGCCAACGACAGACUUUACAGAGUGUUCGGAUUCAGACACGGAGCGCGACCCCGACAGCCGACCAAAUAGCUCUGAGAUCCAAUCCCUGUCCUCCAGCCCGCCUCUUGGCGUACUGGUUAGUACAACAACGGUGAUAGAGUCCACUUCACCACUGGUAGUAGGGGAUGAACCUCCCACAACUGGCCGCCGGCUUUCACCAGUGGCCCCAUUGGUAACAGGAUUAUCAGAGACAGAGGAGCAAGAACUCAGGCGUGUGGGAAAGCUCAUCCUGAGGCUAGAACCUGAAGAGGUUGCCCAAGAGAUUACAAGAGUUGACCACGAAUUGUUCAUGUCAAUCCAGCCACGGGACUGGCUUCGACAUGCAUAUACAACGCGUCGUGACCGUGAUCCUGCGGUUCAUGCGCUAGACCAAAUAGCUCAUCGAUUUGAGAGGCUGGGGUUCUUAGUUGACUCGCUGAUUCUUGUGUGCCCUAAGCUUCACGACCGUGGACGUAUGUUCGAGUAUUUUCUUCGAGUAGCAUUAAUUGUUCGUAGUUACAAUAACUUCGCCGCACUGCACUCAAUCGUCGCGGCAUUGGACAAGAUAUACAGUGGUGAAGAGGGGGAGGGCAUUGAAUCUUACAUUCAAAGUAGUGAUAUCAAUUGGAAUAAAUGGCUCAGGCGAGUUGAAAGUAACACUCUACUCGGUUUACACUUAUCAAUCAACACCACCCGUAGCUUACGCGUGUUGAUUCUCAAGUCAAAUGGCACCGCAUACAAAACCGCGCUCAAACACACAACCCAGCCCCUUAUUCCGACGAUGGCAAUUCACACGAGCGACUUAGUUCGCGUCAUGUCAAACCGUGAUUACAAGGAAGAUGCUCCGACUCUCAUACACUGGGGAAAAUUCCAAAUUAUCGCAAAAAUCGUCAAUCAAAUGAUAGAGCUUCAAGGCCGCCUACGCGCCACGAAUAUCUACAGCUUUCCAGACCGCCCUCACAUCGCAUCGCUGCUCAACGAUCCGAAGACUAUGACUGAGGAGAUGAUUGUGUUAAAGACUUUCCCUAGUAGUGCGACUGAGACCAAUGUGGGACGUACAGGAACGUGGGGCGCUCGUGUCCUCCGAAAAGUAUUCUCUGAUAGAUGA